GCAGCAGGAUGAAGCUUGCGACUAUUUUGUUCAGCAUUAUUUUAAAAGCUGGUUUGGUAGAAUGCGGCCUAAAAAGUCAUGCAGAACUAAUUCGCCAAGCAAUAAAGGUGGAUAACAAGAUAAAGGAUCUUGUCCGUAAAGUUACAGGAUUUGCAAAAGGCAACUCGGAAUUCAAGGAAAGUUACGAGAACUUGAGGAUUCCGUUAAUGGAAAAUUAUACAAGCCUGCAUAGCAAAUUGGAGCAUAUACGAGAAUUUGAAGUUUACAACAGAGAACGACUUCGGUUGGAGCAAAGUAUUAUUUUGACCAUUUCUAAAUUAAAUAUCCCAACGUCUGAAAGCUGCAAAAAGUUUUAUAAGAGUCUUCGAAAGAAUUUAGUUUCGAAGCUAACAGAUACCAAUAUAAAAAAGCAUGAGGCCAUACAGAAUGUGAAAAACAUAACUUGCCAGGAAGGCGCCACUUUAAAAACAAGCCCCACCAGUAUUAAAAUUCCCGCCGUUACUACAACGACUCCCACCACUAAUAAACAAACACCUAAGAUAACCAAAACUACUACUAAGCCUACAAAAAAGUUCACAGAGCUUUUGGGAUCACGGACAACUAAGAUCACGACCACAUUCUCCAAAUUUUCUAGUCCGAUCCACCAUAGGUCUUUUUGCGGGAUAGUCCGUGAGAAUUUGCCGUGUCAAAAGUUUUUCAUCCUUUCCUCCAUCCCUGAUGGGUGUUCCUGUCGGCAUGGUUCUAUGCGAUAUUUAGCUGAUAACUUUCACAUAAAUGGUGAAAAAUUUAGAAUUAAAUUUAAAUGAAACUAACACUAACACCUAUACAAAUGUAACUACGCAU